GAUGGAUAAUGCAUCAGAGAAGAUGUCUCGACUGGAACACUCCAUAAUGCUGAAAAACAUUGCUGACAAUCUGAAACACCUAAGGUUGAUGGGGGAGCUAGGAGAUGAGUUACCUGCUGACUGGACCCCGGAUUCCCAGUCUCGGAGGUCAAGUUUACUUACAGAACAGCACCAGCACCUAAUAAUGCAGCAAGAGAAAGCGCAACAAGACAUGAUAGAGUCAACAGACGACCCCCCUUUUAUCGUGUCUAAUACCUCUCCAUACAAUCCCGUCUCCUCUCAAGGUCCCUAUGCUGUUCCUGCUGUGUAUAGACAGCCCCCUGGAUCUGUGCCCCCCAAUUCCUACAAACCAGCAUCUCCAGUCCCUGCUCAGUACCCCUCCUCAGUCCCUGCUCAGUACCCCUCCUCAGUCCCUGCUCAGUACCCCUCCUCAGUCCCUGCUCAGUACCCCUCCUCAGCUCCUGCUCAGUACACUUCUCCAGCUCCUGCCUUCUCUACCUCCCCUUCCCCUGCUGCUGACAGACCACCAAGGUUCAACUCUCCUAAACUUUCUAGAAAACAAACCCCAGGUAUGCAGCCUGCAGCUGCUAUGGGUUCCCCUCGUCUCAAACGUAAAACUCCUCCCACUCACUCAGAAAUACCUUCACUUCUCAAGUCAGCCUACAAUCCACCUAAGUUCUACAACAACCCAACAAACAGCCAGGCGCCCAUAGUCCUGCCUCAACAUCUCUCUAGCUUGGUGGUUAACCCUAGUGCUCACAAACAGAACGACCCUAAACGACUUGCUCAGGAUCUUUACAACUUGGGAUUCAGACAGGAGGUGGCUGCGUACGCUGCCCAGCAACAUGGGACCACUAGUACAGCGGAGGACAUUGCUAGGAUGCUGAUUGAGCAGAAAUGUAGGAAUGCCGGAGCUGACCUCAUGGACCGUUACGGAUCACUAGACAACAUCGCAAGUCCAGAUUUGGCGGAUGUGGACCGAGCCCGAUCACCCAGCCCUGCCGGCGGAGUUAGGAGUCAGAGCCCGGUUUCCUACAACAAUACUAACCCUUGUCAGAGGACAUCAUACGGGCAACCUUCUCACGACAGCUACGGGAACUACAGUGGUCAACCGAUGUACUCGCCGUACUCAGCAGGGAAGAACUACGUAGUAGGUCCAGGUUUCAUGUCAGGCAAUCCGGGCCAGAUAUCUUACCUUAAGUAUCCUCAACCUGUAACCCCUGCACGGAGAGAAAUAGACCCGCAAUAUCUUCCACCCAGAACUGGACCUGUCGCAGCGUGUCAUCCUGAUCAGAAUUAUUAUCAAGAGCCAACUCAACCAGAGGAUCCAUUUAGCAGACAGGCCUCCCCACCGCCCCAAUACACCUCCAACCCCUCCUUAUAUAACAGCAGUAAUAGGCCUGAUGUUUACAACCCCACCCCACAGUACAAACAACCCCAGACCAGGGACCCAGGAGACCUCCCUCCUUACUUCUCCGGCACUAACUUCCAGAAGGUUGGGUAUGCUAACAGCUCCGAGGAGAGUAGUAAAACUAGCAGCCCCUCUUCUCAGACUCCUAAUGGUAGUUUCCCGACAGCUUUACCAGAACUCCCACCAUUUCCCGGACCACCAGUUUCCAGUAGUGGUUUGCCGAGUUCUUCCAACGAGGACGGCAGUAACUUGGCCUCUUCUCCGGUUUCUGUGCAGGAAAGGAUCAAGAAACUCAAUCAGAACAUUGCUACUCAAAAUGACUCUUAUCAAGGGGCGGUAUUAUCCCCCAAACCAGUUAAGAAAGCCGAUGUGGCUCCUGCAAAACCGCCUAAAAAACCGGCGCACCCUCUUAAAAAGACUAUGGAUUCAGAAAGGAAACCUUUUAAAAUGUUUUCUCCACUUCCUAAAAGGAAGAAUAAACAACCUGAGGUUGAACCUGAGGUUAAUCGGAAACCAGCGGUCCCAAGCGAAGCUGUUAAAUUCAUUUUAGAACAGAAAAUAGAGAAUUUGAUCAAAGAGACAGCCAACAAGAAAAAGAGGCGUGAUGAAUUUGAAGCAAGUAUCAAGGAUUAUCCUGAAAAUGAGAAGGGGAGACUCAGGAUAGUGUUCGCGCAGAAAGAGUCGGACUUCCUCCGGCUCAAACGAUCUAAAAUUAACAAGGACAUGUUUACUAAGAUUAAAACUAUUGGCAUAGGAUCAUUUGGUGAGGUGUCACUCGUUCAGAAAUCCGACACUGGCACUUUAUACGCCAUGAAGACGCUCAGAAAAGCGGAAGUUUGGAAACGGAACCAAACCGCCCACGUGAAGGCUGAGCGGGACAUAUUGUCAGAGGCUGAUAAUAAAUGGGUUGUUAAACUCCACUUCUCUUUCCAAGACAAGGGUAAUCUCUACUUCGUGAUGGACUAUGUGCCUGGAGGGGAUAUGAUGAGUCUAUUAAUAAAAUACGGCAGAUUUCCGGAGUGGGCGGCUUGUUUCUACAUAGCAGAACUUGUGUGUGCAGUAGAUAGUGUGCACAAGUUAGGCUUCAUUCACCGGGACAUUAAACCGGACAAUAUUCUAAUAGACGAGAGGGGACACUUGAAACUCACUGAUUUCGGCCUUUGUACCGGGUUUCAUUGGACCCACGACUCCUCUCGGUACCGAGCAGCUCUGGGGCAACCUCAUGAUAGACACGCCAGUAUUGACUACGACGAGGCGCUCUCGAAAGAGAACACGUGUCAGUGUGGAGAUAGGAGUAAACACGAGAAACCCCUGGAUCGGAGGAGAGCUCAUCAGAGGUGUCUAGCUCACUCUCUUGUCGGAACCCCCAACUACAUUGCACCUGAAGUGUUGCUGAGAGAGUGGUAUCAGCACGAGUGCGACUGGUGGAGUGUCGGGGUCAUUCUCUACGAGAUGAUCAUUGGCAAACCUCCCUUUUACGCGAACACAGCUGCGGAUAUACAAAUGUCCAUUAUAAACUGGAGAUGUUGUCUGUCUAUACCAAUAAACGCUAACAUCAGUGAUAACAGCAUCAACCUUAUCUUCAAACUACUCCAGGACUCCGACAAGAGACUGGGAAGGUGUGGAGCUGAUGAAAUAAAGGAGCAUUGUUUCUUUGAAGAGAUCACGUGGGAGAACCUGCACGAUACCCGGGCUCCCAUGAUACCUGAGUUGCGGUUCCCGACAGAUACGCGGUACUUUGACUCGUUCGACGAGGACAGAGUGCGGUUCAGUGAUACGGAGGACUCUCAGGAUGCCGACACUCCCGCCCAUCCCUUCUACGAGUUCACUUUCAGACGGUUUACUGGAGGAGAUGUAACGAUACCAAAAGAGCAGUUCAUUCAAACCAAAGGUCCAGUGCUGGUCUGAUCAUUUCUGCGGGUUCAGACGUUCGGAGUGACUAGUCACGUGUUGUCACGUGAUAGCAGCUCAGAUACAAGUUGUGACGAAUUCAGAUAGUUGGACAGUAGGACCCACAGUUAAUUAAAUAUUUGACUCGCUAAUGGACAGUUAAUUGAAUAAUUGACUCGCUAAUGGACAGUUAAUUGAGACAAACACAGACGAGUAGGCUUUGGUAGCGGCCGUGGUGUGUAAUGUCUACAGAGUGUGAGUUGUGUGAAAGAGAAAAAACGUGUUCUGCACGUGUUCUGCGCGGCGUAGCAGGCUAUUAGAUAAAUAAAUCAUAUUAUUAAUAUACCAUUUCAAAAUCACCUACUAAAACACUGUAAAAUGUCUGCUACACGCGCAAUACACUUACCGUGUUUGAUAAUAGCACUAUUAUAGUAGUACUAUGACGUAGUACUAUAGUAUUAUAUAGUUGGACUGUAAUUAAGGUAUUUAUAUUAACAGAUUAUCGGGUAACCACCGUUGACGGUAUUUUUUACUACCGGGGAUAUUUUCUUUAAAACUUGUUUGAUAUUUCUUAAAAUAAUAGUUUUCUAGACGUGUAUCAUCCCAUGAUUACUAAAUUUUAUUUGAUUUAUCUUUUACGAGUUCUCUUAGGGUGAGUCAGUAUAGGAUGAUUCAGUCUCAAUUUUAAGGAUCAUUAUUGUUAAAGCUCUUUUAUUGGAUUAAAUAUUGAGAAAUGUACAGGAUCUGAACAAGGUGAUUUCUACAUGUCUUAAAUGAGCGUGUUUUGUAAGUUUUCUGCCUUGUUUUAGUUUAGCAGAAACAGAGAGAAGUACGAAUCUUCUUUCUCGAGAAAAAGAGAGAUUAAAACAUGUUAUUUGACUCUAAAUUCGAUUUUAUAAUUAUUUAAGCUAAGUUAAAGACGCAGCAUGGACGAAAAAUGAGAAUUUUGUACAAAAUAAGAUUGUUUGUGAGAUUACAUUCGCGUGAUGUGAUAUAAAACUAUUUUAAAACUAUUUAUAAAACUAUUUUAACUUUAAUAAAAGUACCCCAAGUACAAUAAGUUACACUAAGUUUAAACAUCGUCCACGUCCAGUAACACUUAAUGAUGAAGAAAACUUCUUUCUACACUGUGUCCUCAGUUAAAAAGAAUGCCCUUGUUUUCUAUUAUAACUCACCCUGGGGUAAUCUCACAAUAAAUUGUCAAUGAUAUAAUUGUUUUAAUUUAUUAAAAAACUUAUACUAAGAAUUGUUGUAGCAUAAAGAGCUGUAAUUCUUUCAAGAAAAUUGGUUGGAAGUUAAUAUGAAAAUUCGGAUCUGUGAAGUCUGAACAUAAGUUUUUGUCUGUUCGCUCCCAUUCUCAUUGGAAUUCUGAGAAUUGUGUACUACUACUAUAACUACUAGUGUACAGUAUACUACUACUUUUACAGUUGUAGUAAUAGUUGCACAAUCACCGGAGCUAAACCUCCCAAUAUAUUUGACAAUAUGUUAGAGAUGGUGAUAGAGAGUGUUUCAGAGACGUGUAAUGUACAUUGCAUAUAUUUCAAGAUUAUUUCGGAUAUUUACUAUGAU